UCCAGCUGCGUGUUGAUGUUGUGCCCAAGACUUCGGAGAAUUUCCGGGCCCUGUGUACGGGAGAAAAAGGCUAUGGCUACAAAGGUUCCACCUUUCAUAGGGUUAUACCAAAUUUCAUGUGUCAAGGUGGUGAUUUUACCGCCCACAAUGGUACCGGUGGCAAAUCGAUUUAUGGCGCCAAAUUUGACGAUGAAAACUUCAUUUUAAAACACACCGAGGCCGGCACUUUGUCAAUGGCCAACUCAGGACCCAAUACAAAUGGCUCUCAGUUUUUUGUGACAACUGUGAAAACCACAUGGUUGGAUAAUCGUCAUGUCGUCUUUGGCCAUGUCGUUGAGGGUUUGGAUAUUGUCAAGAAAAUCGAAUCGAUGGGUAGUCAAUCGGGUAAAACCUCGAAGACCAUUGUCAUCAGUGAUUGUGGUCAGCUGUAAGAAAACAGAAGAGAGUUUUUUGAUACAAAUAAAAAUGAGAAA